AUGAUCAAGAAGAACUGGCUUCUGGAAGCGAACAAGGUCGGCCUUAGCCAAGAUAAUGCUUGUUUUUCUUCGAGCCUUGGUGAACUCGAAACCGUUAUCUCUCAACUCCAGGGGGAGCUUGACUUGGUCAAGACCGAUGCCGUGAACAUGGCCGAGAGACAUCGGCUGCUUGAAUCCGAGAGUGCUAAGUAUAAGGAGAGGAUAAGGGCAUUCGAGCAAAAAGCCGAGGAUAGGGCCCGGAUAUGUGACGAGAGAGAUGAAUUAGUGGCCAAGCUGCCCCAGGCAGAGGCUGAUUCGGCAGAAGCCCUUAGGAGUGUGAAGGCUACCGAAGCUCAUGCCACGAGUGCGGGAAGCCACACUAUGAAAGUAUGGGAGAGGGUGGUCGAAUUACGGAUGAGGAAGAGGGUUUGUAUCUCGAAGAACCAAUUCGGGUUCAUGCCGAGGCGUUCAACUACAGAAGCCAUCCAUCUUGUAAGGAGAUUGUUAGAGCAAUAUAGGGACAAGAAGAGAGACUUGCACAUGGUGUUUAUCGAUCUAGAAAAGGCUUAUGAUAAAGUUCCUAGGGAGGUUCUUUGGAGAUGCUUGGAGUCUAGAGGUAUACAUAUGGCCUAUAUUACGGCUAUCCAAGAUAUGUACGAUGGAGCCAAAACCAGGGUUAGGACAGUGGGAGGUGAUUCGGAGCACUUUCCAGUCGAGAUGGGGUUGCAUCAGGGAUCAGCCCUUAGCCUGUUCCUAUUUGCCUUAUUCAUGGACACAUUAACACGACAUAUUCAAGGAGAGGUGCCAUGGUUUAUGUUAUUCACGGAUGACAAAGUAUUGAUUGACGAGACGCGAAGUGGAGUUAAUGAUAAGCUGGAAGUUUGUAGAGACUUUAGAGUCAAAAGGUUUCAAGUUAAGCAGGAUGAAGACAGAGUACCUGGAGUGUAA